AUGGGGCAGUGUUUAAGAUACCAGAUGCAGUGGGAGGACCUGGAGGAGUACCAGGCUCUGACCUUCCUGACAAGAAAUGAGAUUCUGUGCAUCCAUGACACCUUCCUGAAGCUCUGCCCCUCAGGCAAGCACUACAAGGAGGCCACACUGACCAUGGACCAGGUCAGCUCCCUUCCUGCUCUGAGGGUCAACCCUUUCAGAGAUCGCAUCUGCAGGGUAUUCUCUCAUGACAACGUGUUCUCCUUUGAAGAUGUGCUGGGCAUGGCAUCUGUGUUCAGUGAGCAGGCCUGCCCCAGCCUGAAGAUUGAGUAUGCCUUCCGCAUCUAUGAUUUUAAUGAGAAUGGCUUCAUUGACGAGGAGGACCUCCAGAAGAUAGUGCUAAGACUACUGAAAAGUGAUGACGUGUCUGAGGACCUACUGAUGGACGUCACACACCACGUCCUGAGUGAGUCAGAUCUCGACAAUGACAGCAUGCUUUCUUUCUCCGAGUUUGAACAUGCAAUGGCCAAAUCUCCAGACUUCAUGAACUCCUUUCGGAUUCACUUCUGGGGAUGCUGA